ACGAAGCUGGUGGUUGUCAGUCGUCCAUUCCGGAUUCCUUACGACAAACGUUCAUCAUGAAGGUCGCGCUGGUUCUCGCCCUGGCUGCUUGUGCUGCUGCCAUGCCCUCUCCUGACCCUGGCUUCGUCUACUCCUACGGCCAUCCUCUCGUCUACUCCUCCUACCCCGUCGUCAAGACUGUCAAGGCCGAGACCCCCGCCAGCACCGCCCCCCUCGUCUACACCUACGGUCACAAACUUCCCCUCACCUACGGGUACCCAUACAGCUUCCCAUACACCUUCCCCUACACUUACCCCUACCUGGUCAAGGCCGACGAGGCCGACGAGGAGGAACCUAUGCCUGAGGAAGAAGCUGUUGCCGAGGAAUAGGACGACACUCAGCAUCCUUCCUCUCUGGGACUGGGAGGAGGAAUCGCGAGUCCUCGUAGCCUCGUCUAGCGAGGAGUUCGAAGGACUCGUUGAGCCUCCUCAGCUUCCCUCAGGAAGGCCGCCAGAGGCCGCCGAGCACG